UAUAUUUGCGCGGGAAAAUUGUGUACACAAGGAAGAAGUGUGUUUGUCAUUAUUUGAUUUAUUUGUUUCAUUGUGAAAUAUGUUGACAGAUCGUUGUGACUGGACGGAAACGAAGAAAGUACUGGAGGAUCUGAAAGAAAAAUGUAUAUGUUAUGUAUGUAAACAAGUAUCAAAAUCACCACACGAAUAUGAAUGCAGUCACUUCUUUUGUGAGAACUGCAUCAAUUGGAGCCGAAAUGCUUGCCCAGUGUGUGGUGUCCCAUCGCAUGCAGCAGUAAUAGUUCCUGACCGCUGUAUAAGCAGUUGUAUUGAAGUACUAAAUACAUUCCAUUCUCUUCUGUCUCCUGAAAGUGAUCCAUUAUCAGAAGAUUUACACUCGAAUGAGGGGUGUCGGCAACUGACAACUGCAGUUGACAGUGUUGGUCUACCACAGAACACAGCACGUUUAAAGUCAUCAAGAAAUUCAUCAGCUGUUAAAACCUAUUCAAGAAAAUCUAUGCAGAAGAACAAUGAUGAUCAACAUUAUUCUCAUCAUAAGAUAAAGGAUGAUACAUGUGAACAGAGGGAAACUGAUGAUUUUACUGUUAAAUCAAAAAUUGCUGCAGAAGCUGUCAACGUGCGGAAUAAACGGCCUCCGAAACGUUCGGUCAGUAAAGGUCGCAGAUCCAGGAAGGCAUCAGGCAGCAACUCUGUAACAAACUCUGAUGAACCAUUAGUAACUCAGAGGACCAGUAGAGAAAAAUCAAAAAGUAAAAAGACAGCUCAUUCUCCUAAGGCUACAUCAGCAAAAGAUAAAAGAAAUGCAAAGGGUGAAACACCUCUGCAAGUUGCAUGUAUAAAGGGAGACGCUGCUCGAGUGAAAUCACUUUUGGAUGAAGGCGCCAAUCCAAACACAAAGGAUUUUGCAGGUUGGACACCACUACAUGAAGCUGUGCAAUCAGGAAAUUUUACCAUAACAGAGUUGCUGGUAAAGGCUGGAGCUGCUGUGAAUGCAACUGGUGCAGGAAAUACUACUGCUUUGCAUGAAGCUGUGGAAAGUAAUAAUAUAGACAUUGUGAAGUUGCUGGUUUCACAAGGAGCAUGUGUUAAUGCCCGUAAUGCGUACGGUUUAUCUCCUCGUGAUGUUGCACGAACUGACGAAAUUAAGGCUAUACUUAAUGAGAAUAUAAGAACUGAGCCUGUGGAAGUGGAAGAAAACAUAGCAAGCUUUGAUGCCAGUAACACUGUCAUUCUUGCAUCUGGCCUGUCUGAUGACCAGGAGAAGGAUCUCAGGAAGUUCAUUGAUGCAUUUGAUUUCCAAGUUGUAGAAAAUUAUUGUUCUGAAGUUACUGCCAUCUUAACAAACACUGAAGAUGGACAAGUGUGUUCACUGACGUUACCUGUUCUUUGUGGUAUCAUGCAAGGGAAAUGGAUUGUUAGUUUUGACUGGGUACGCAAAUGUACAUCAGAAAAUAAGAUAGUUGAUCAUAAACCAUUUGAGGCUAAAGGAACAUUGGCUUUUCCUAAUUCUGAUGCUCCAAGGAAAGGAAGACUGACUAACAUUCAGCAGGUUCCAAGCAUCUUCAAUGGCUGUUACAUUUAUGUUAUGCAUGGUGGAGUGUGUACUGUGCAUGGAUUGAACAUGAAUAAAAAAGAUGUUACAACACUUAUACAGAUGGGUGGUGGGACAGUACUGUACAGGGAACCUAAUCCAGAAUCAAUACCUGAAAGUGAGUGCACAGUUCCGUUCCAUGCUGCUGGUGAUGGUCCUCUGGCAAAGUGUUCACAUUACAUCAUAUAUAAGCCAGGAAAAACAGAGCCUCAGCUCAAAUACAACAUGAAACAUGUUAAGACUCUGCCAGUAGACUGGCUUAUUUCUUGCAUAGAAAAAUUUGAGCUAAGUCUCCCUUAAAAGAAAGGAUAUGGGGCAGCUUUGGAAAAAUCUCUUGGACUUGUGACUACAGUUGAAUGUGUGGCACAUGAGAUAACUGCAGUGAUGCAUUUAUUUGUUAAGUGUUAAAUACUGUAAAUGGAAAAUACAUGUACAUAUGCUGAACACUGUACAGUUUUGAUGUUAUUAGAGCAUAACCAACAUUUGGUGAGUUACUGUUGACAUAGUGUUUUUGCACUGGCAAUAAUGUUAUUUGCUUUGAUGAAAUAAAUAUACCUGAGGUAAUAAUCUUAAA